AUGGAUAUUAUAACAAGAAGAUACCUUCUUCGUUCGCCACUAUUUCGUUGCCUGAUAUUAGUUUUACUCAUAGCAUUCACAACCCUAUUCUACUUGCGACAGUAUUCACCACAAGUCUUCUAUGGUAAUACAUCCCGCGAGGUCUUCCUGACGAAAGAAUGGAUAGAUCCGAGAAAAGAUAAAAGUUUAUAUCAAAAUAUCACCAGAGUAAACGCGGUGAUCGUAGUAUUGGUCAGGAAUAAUGAAUUGUAUCAAAUUCGAAGUUCAAUGAGACAAUUCGAAGACAGGUGGAACAAGAAAUUUAAUUACCCCUACGUAUUUCUAAAUGAUGAAGAGUUUACAGAAGAAUUCAAAACUUUCACAUCAUCGUUGACCAAAGCAAAAACGCAAUAUGGUGUAAUACCAAAACAAAUGUGGAGUUAUCCGCAGUGGAUUGAUCAAGAAGAAGCAGCAAGGAAGAGAAGAGAGAUGGAAUCGAAAGGCAUCAUAUAUGGUGGAUCCGAAUCUUAUAGGCACAUGUGUAGAUUCAAUUCAGGAUUCUUUUUCCUACAUCCGCUUCUAUUACCAUUCGAUUAUUAUUGGAGAUUAGAACCUUCUGUGGAUUUUAUGUGCGAUCUCGAUUAUGAUCCAUUUUUGUUUAUGCAAAAAAAUAAAUUGCUAUACGGAUUUACCAUAAGUCUAUUGGAAUUUGAAGCUACCAUUCCCACUCUUUGGAAAACGGUGAAAAAAUUUGUAAAGGAACACCCGCAAUAUGUUUCUAAGGAUAACAUCAUGGAUUUUAUAUCUGACGAUGGAGGAAAAACUUACAAUCUCUGUCACUUUUGGAGUAAUUUCGAAAUUGCCGAUUUAAAUUUUUGGAGAAGUUCACCCUACCGAGAAUUCUUUAAUUACCUUGAUAAAUCGGGUGGAUUUUUCUAUGAGAGGUGGGGCGAUGCACCGGUACACUCGAUAGCGGUUGCAUUGUUUACGCAGAAAUCAAGAGUUCAUUUCUUUAAUGAUAUAGCAUAUAGACAUGCACCAUAUGCACAUUGCCCUGAAGAAAGAGAGUAUCACGACACUGGAAGAUGUCAUUGCAACCCAGGCAAUAAUUUUGAAUCCAGUUAUAGCCAGAGUAAUUCAUCAUUAUGUUUUGCCAAUGAAAUAAUUUUGGACACUAAACUUCCUGAUCGGGUAGGACUUUUGUACCCGCGAAUCGUCGGUACUCAUCGAAAAUCGAGGUCAUGGACCAUUUCUGCAAUUUACGAAGACAUCCCACCAGACAACCAAUUCUGUGCUACCAUUAUCAAACUGAAAGAUGAGCGUAAAAUAUGA